GGCGGGGGGCGGGGAGGGGGCAGAGUCCCAGUGCCGCGUCUGUCCCGUCGGAGCCCGGCAUGGCCCUGCGGCGGGGAGCGGGGCUGGGGUUGGCCCUGGGGCGCCGGGGGUGCUGCUCCAAGUGCACGCUGCCCCCCGACUUUGUGGAGGCUCUGAGGGCUGUGGUCGGCGCCCCCAACGUCUCCACAGCCACGGCAGCGCGGGAACAGCACGGGCACGAUGAGUCCAUGCACGCCUGUGCCCCUCCGGAUGUGGUGGUGUGGCCUCAGGCGGUGGGGCAGGUGCAGGAGCUGGCAGCACUCUGCUACCGCAGUCGCGUGCCCAUGGUGCCCUUUGGCACCGGCACUGGCCUCGAGGGCGGCGUCAAUGCCGUACAGGGUGGCGUUUGCUUUGACCUGAGCCGCAUGGAUGCCAUCACAGAGCUGAGCCUUGAGGACUUCUCGGUGGUGGUGGAGCCCGGUGUCACCCGCAAGGCCCUCAACAACUACCUGCGUGACACUGGGCUCUGGUUCCCUGUUGACCCCGGGGCAGAUGCUUCGCUAUGCGGCAUGGCAGCCACGGGCGCCUCAGGCACCAAUGCAGUGCGUUAUGGCACCAUGAGGCCCAACGUGCUGAACCUGCGCGUGGUGCUGCCUGACGGACGCCUGCUCCACACCGCCGGCCCCGGGCGCCAGGCCAGGAAGCGGGCAGCCGGCUAUGACCUGACCUCACUCUUCGUGGGCUCCGAGGGCACCCUGGGCUUCCUGACUCAGGCCACGUUGCGCCUGCACCCACUGCCUGAGGCCACUGCCGUCACCAUCGCCACCUUCCCAAGCGUGCGGGAUGCCGUGAGCUGCACCGUCCAGGUGCUGCAGGCAGCCGUGCCCAUAGCCCGCAUCGAGUUCCUGGAUGAGGUGAUGGCGGGCGCCUGCAGCCGCUACAGCGGGCUGGAGCUGCCAGCAGCAGCCACGCUGCUCCUGGAGCUCCAUGGCUCCCAGCACAGCCUGGUGGAGCAGCAGCAGCAGAUGGAGGACAUGGUGCAGCUGAAUGGUGGCCGUGGGUUGGCCUGGGCGCAGGAGCCGGAGGAGCGCAGGCGGCUCUGGGCCAUGCGGCACAGCGCGUGGUACGCGGCACUGGCGCUGCGGCCAGGCUGCCAGGGCUAUUCCACCGACGUCUGCGUGCCCAUCUCCCGGCUGCCCGACGUGGUGGUGGAGACCCAGCGGGACCUGCAGGACUGCGGGCUCACCGGACGCGGCCGAGGCGCAGCGCGUUCACGCCUUCACCGAGCGCCUGGGCAGGCGGGCGCUGGCGGCCGGGGGCACCUGCACCGGGGAGCAUGGCGUGGGGCUGGGCAAGCGGGCACUGCUGCUGGAGGAGCUGGGCCAGGAGGGGCUGGACACCCUGCGCCGCAUCAAGGCUGCGCUGGACCCCCACAACCUCAUGAAUCCCGGGAAGGUGUUCUGAGUGAGGACAGCAUGCUGCUGGUGUGGGAGCAGCAGCGCCCACAGUCAGGGCUGGGGCGGCCACACUGCCCCGUCCCUGUGAGGCGAGGACCCCCACCCCCCAAUAAACCCCUGUGCACCCGCAGCCUCCGUGCGCUGAGAUGUGUUUGGGGGACAGUGUGCCCCAGCCCCAGCCCAGGGUUCCCUCCCCCCAGCGGGCACUCACAGAUACCCAGGAGCUGGGGGGGUUCUGGGCAAUUCUUUAUGCUGCCGGGCGGCAGGGGGCUGAGUUUCGGGGGGCUGCGACUCCGUAGCUCUGGGAACCAGCAGAAGCUUCCGCUGUGUUCAAAAGGCACCAAUUUCAGUUUGCGUUUCAGUUACAGCUGGUCCGAUAGCAAUACCAGAGACAUGAGAAUGCACAGAUCAGCCUCCUCCUGCUCCAAAUCUCCCCAUUGCCUCGACCCACCUCGAGAAUCCUUAUCCACAGCCCCUGUCGCACAGGGAGCAGCACAACCCAUCCCUGCCCCACUGCACAGGGUGGCUUCCACCCCAUUAAAAUCUGCUGGCCACCAGAGACCAGCUGGGAGCCUCCCCCAAGAGGGGAACAGCCACAGCGUUGGCCUGAAUUACCUGGCACGUCCCUCUCUUGCUUCCAUGGGGACAUGGCCCCCAUGGCUUCCAUGCCAGGAACACCCCGUGGCUUUGCAUGGAGAGGGCAGCAGGGAGGGAGCGGUCACAAAUCCACCUCCCAGCUUGGCUUCCUGACGGGCACGGCUCUGAAACCAAUGCUGUCCUCUGGCCAGGAGGAGGAUGGAGGAUGAUGGCUGCAGCCCCUCACCCCUCUACCAGGGGAGCCCCUGGCCCUGCACCCCUCCCCGUUCCCCCAUCCCCACCAUUGUAGAUCGGGGCCCCCUAACCCCCUAAUAAACCCCUCUGCACCCACAGCCUCCAUGUGCUGUGAUGUCUUUUGUGGGGACAACGCACCCCAGCCCCUUCCCUGGGGGUCCCUGUCAAAGCAGACACCCGCAGGGCUGGGAGACCACUUCAGCCGCUUCCCCAGAGCUGCGGUGCCGGUGGGGUAGG